UUUGACACAGAAACCCAGUACUCCAUCCAUACACGCGUCAGUCAGUCAUUCUCCUCUGUGGCACACACACGCCGAUCGCCAGCCAGCCAGCACCCCUCACCCCACCACCCUCCCCCUGUCGAUGACGGCACUCCCGAGCUCGAAUGGCCGCAGCAGACGGCGGGCGGCACCAACCGACACAGAGUAGCGCUGGGCGAGCGGCUGGGACCGAUCGGCAGCAGAUGGCUCGGUCGUGUGCAGACUGAUCGAGCCAUAUCCCCCCGUCUCAACCGACACGUGGGCGGCGACGGUCUCGUUGGGCCGAAAGCAGCUCACAAUCACACGACGAUUGUCCCUCGGAUACGCAGAACCCAGAUUGCCCCCGUCGUAGCGCCAGUCGGCAGUAAUGCCCUGAUCCUCUGUCAUGUUGUCGGUCGUCAGCAGACGGCGAUGACGAGCGUCGUCACCAUAGCCGAUGCCUGCCGACAGCACCCGCCUCUCGCUCACCCAAUCUUCAUCGUACCACCAGCUGAGCAGCAUGUCGAGCAGGAAGGCCGAGAAUGAGCGCACGAGAUAGUUGCUCCAGCGGAUGACGGGAUCGGUCCGCUUGUAGCCCUCAGCAUAGCGAUGGCCGCCCGGCAGAUCACCCAACGGCACCACACGAAACGUCCAACCGCCAAUCCGAUAGUGGCCGUUGUCGGCUCGGCGCAGCUCCAGGCUGGUCCCUUUGUGUGUGAGCUGGUGGCCGAUGAUCUUGUAGAUGGCCAUCGCCAGGGGCAGCUGGUGGAAGGCCGUUGCUGUGGGCAGCGAGGAAGCCGACAGCCGGAGGGGCCGCGUGGCGUCAGCAGGGGUUAGCCGAUAGAUGAAGGCCAGCCGAAGGAACCGCCCCAUUGCCCGCCACUCCUCGCCACUGCCCCGCUUCAGCAGAUAGACCACCUUCAGGCCGCCCUCCAGAUCAUCGUCAAUGUCGAAGGCCAACACGUCCGCCAGGCCGAGACGACUGAUGUGCUCAUCCACGCGGCGCCUCACCUCAUAGAGCAUCGUGUCGACAUCAUAAGGAUCGCUGUUGCUGAUCUGUGAGCGAAAAGCGGCUCGUCUGUUGGGGUCAGUGGACAUGGCCAUGCCGGCCAUCUUUCUGAUUGCGAUGCUGCGCAGUGGUGGGACUGCCGGCGGGGCGGUGUGGCCAUUGGGAGGGGGAGGCGGAGGCUGGGAAGAGGACGCCAUCAGUCAGUCAACUGAUCUGAAUCAAUGACACACACAAAGUGGCAAUCAGUGCUCCCGAGAUGAGUGUGCGUCUGUGUGCUAACCUCAAAACACUUGGCUAUGAACAAAUCUCUCUCAGCAGCCCAACACCAUAUGGGUGGGCGAUGAUUGACUCUGCAGGGACACACACGCAGCGUGGCAAGCCCGUGUGCUCACGAGCAUCGGUCAAAAUCAGUCAAUAUCACAGCGAGGGAAUCGGACGAGCCACCUACCGUCAGCAAUGGCCUCCAGCGGCCCAAAUGAAGCAAUGGUGUGGCUAUGUGGCCGUCGUCGUCAGCGAGCCCAACGAGGCACUGUGGGAGAUCUGCAGGCACACAAAACACCGAAGCACAAGCUGAUUGAAUUUUUCAACGCUUCAUCUGCCUCUCUCGCUGCCACCUUACCCUCUCUAAGCGUCUUGAGAGCUCCAGAGGCCUUUUGGC